AUGGCCAACCCGCCAGAUUCACCAGCGCCUUCGCUGUGUCUCCUGAGGACCCUCCACCCAUCCACAUCGGGGCCGACAAGGUCAUGGCAAUCCACCUCACAUCCCGACCCGUCUACACCACUGCUGGCGACAGCCUCUGCAGAUAAGACAGUCAACGUCUGGAGUCUGCGAGAUUUCUCUCUCGUGUCCACCGUCAGCGGCGGUCACAAGCGCAGUGUCCGCACCGUCGACUGGAAGGACUUCGGGCGGGCGGCAAGAGGACCUCGGUCCGAGAGAAAACCCGUCGUGCUGGGCACAGGCAGCUUCGAUGCCAACGUUGGGGUGUGGGUCUGGAACGAUGACCGCCGAUGGGCGCGGUUCAAGGAUGUCGAGGAGGAGGAAUCUUUCCAAGGCAAACAGAAUGAUGAACUGCAGGCAUGGGAUGGAGAUGGCAAGAACAAGAACAGCAGCAGCUCAGCAGUAGGCGACGACAGCGCAAUGACGGACGAUCUGGCAACAGACCUCACAAAUGACGAGCAAGACCAGGACGAGGACGACGAGGAAUGGCAUUUCUCCACCCUCCUGACCGGCCCAGAUUCAGAGAUCAAAUCGAUCGCCUUUGCACCUCCCCACUACCCUGCAAACUGGCUGGCCACGAGCUCGCGAGACAAAUCCGUCUGGAUCUGGGAGGAAGUCGAGCCCGAGGAGUGGGAAACAAUCGCCGUCUUAAGCGAGCACACCGGCGACGUCAAAUGCGUCAGUUGGUGCGCAGGCGCAAGAAAAGGCGACCCUCUUGGCGACAGUGGCAGGAAAGCGAAGCGGCGGAAAUUGGCCAACGGAGCUGCCAACGAUGGGGACAUCAACAUGGCUGAGGGAGACUCGCACACUAAUGGCGCAGCACUAGCUGACCGAAGCUAUCCAGAGGCCGAGCUGGGGACAACAGACACUGACGACGACACUAUCCUCGGGUCACGCGACAUCCUCGCGAGUGGCUCCUACGACGACACGAUCCGACUGUGGCGCGAUGUUGAGGAGGAAGGCGACUGGAUCUGUGUCGGCGUCAUCACCGACCACAAAGGCACCGUUUGGGACGUCAAAUGGGAGCCACACAUCAACUACUCUACACUCGACCUGGUGCUGCUACAGGACUCCAGUGCACCACCGAGCGUAGAUCAAAAAGCAAUGAUCACAGAAUUCGAAAACGACUGGGAACCCCGCCUGAUCUCGUGCUCCGAUGACCUCACAGUGCGGAUCUUCCGACGCGAGCUCAACGACGCAGAGAAAGCGAAAAAGCAGCAGAACCGCAUGCAACAACCAUCAUCCAUGGACAGCUCCAUCCCAAUGGGGUUCGCCAGCUCCCGCCUACCCAGCGUGAUCCGGCCGAUGAGCAGCAUGGAGUACUGGAAGCAGGAGGCGAUCCUGCCGGAGGUGCACGUACGCAGCGUCUACGCCGUCGACUGGUCUCGCAACACGGGUCUGGUCGUGACUUGCGGCGGUGACGGCACGAUUGCUGUCUACAAGGAAGUUCCUGUCGUUGAAACGGAUGCUGCCGCGCACCAGGAAGAUACCGACAUGAACGGCGUGACACCGCACCAUCCGAGCGCCGAGGAGGCGGAAGACCACGCCCUUGCACAGCCCGCGGAGCCGUACAAGCUGCACAAGACCAAGUGGAUCGUCGUCGCGCUCAUCGAGGCCGCGCACGAUGAGUUCGAGGUCAACCAUGUCUGCUGGGCUGUGCGCAGGGAUAAAGAGCGCAGGUUCGAUGGCGAAGAGGUCGUCGUUUCCACCGGCGAUGAGGGCGGUGUCAGGAUUUGGACACUGCCAGACGGCGUGGUGGACGGGCCUUGA